AACACAUUCAGCAUUUUGUUAUGUUUGGUUCAAACUCCACCCACUCUGCUUCUAUUAGUCCACUGUUCAGCCAAUCAUAAACAGCACUGCAGCUGCAUCAUGAGAAACCUAUGAGCUCAUUUUCAUGUGUGCCUUAAGCAGACUUCACAAAUAUCAGCUCCAACAUCAGCUCAUCUGUCAUCUUUCAUUUUCUCUGUCCUGUGUUAAUCACCAGGUUUUCUGACCUGAAGUCAGAAUAAUGAUUCAUUAAAUAAAAAAAAAAGAAAAGAAAAAAUGCCUAAACCAAUUAGUGAUGAGCAGCAGCUUGACUGCAAGCUGGAUUUUUUUGGCAUUUACUCAACUUAUUACAGCCUGUGUAAUCCUUUCUGGUAUUAGUUGCCUGCAGUCUAUCCAGUUUAAAAAUUCAUACGCGUGUGUAUUUUGAGUCUUGUAAGAAUUCAAAGAGGGACAGGACAAGAUGGACCCCAUUUUUUUGAAAAACAAAAAAAACAUUUUCUAAGUCAGAUUAAUAACCAGUGUUUUAGCAUAAAUAGCUUACCUCCUACAAUGUGUCUUAUCUAUCUCAGUUCAAGAAAAGUUCACAUGGUCGAUAUCCACCAUCUGAUACUUCCCGAGGAUUUAAAGUAUCGACAGUUCACACUUGACAGAGACAUGGAGAAAAUAAUCAUUACCCAUAUCAUGACCAAUCAUGCGUCACUCCUGAUGGGAGGCCUGAUCAAUAAUUAUUGAUCAAAAUACAGCACAAUUAAAGCUGUCAGACUGAUGAUUCGCUGCACAGUAGCUCAGAUCAGAGGUACUAACCAUGCAAAGCAAUAUGCAUAAACCAUAUUUCUUGACAUUGUGCAUUAAAUAGUAAAUUAUUCAACUUUAUUGUAAUUUCUUGGGACAGCUGAUGAGCUUUGUCUGAAAUGUCCUAUUUCUUUGUGUACCAUACACUCUCAGAAAUAAAGGUAGCAAACGCUAGUUAUGAAUGUAACUGAGGUUCUUUGAACGCUGGAUAACUGCCAGGGGCCGCGUUUAACUCCUGGAUGUGCUCUGGUGUGUAUACACACCAUGCCCAAGAACUUCCAACAAGAUUGUUAAGUAGCAGCAAUGGAGUAUUUGCAGCAAAUACUUUGCAGCAAUUCACUUUUUUCUCACAGACCCUACCCGCCUUUAAACAUGUCAGCCUGCAUACCUGUAUAUUUCCUUGUCAUUGGAGUGGCAGCAUCAUAGGGACACCUUUUGUACUUUUAGUACAGUGUGUAUAUUUUACCUGGAAAGUGCAUGUGUACUGUACCUGUAAUUAGCUUUUAUAGUUAAAGGUUUUUAGCAGAUUUUUAAAGGUUUAUUCACAUUUCCAGGUGAACGAUACAUAGACAAAGGUACAAAAGGUACAAAAGGUGUACCCUUCAUGGUAGCACCUCAGGUGUAAGGACGGUACACUUACCUUGUGGCUGUGGUCCUUUUAGCAGAUGAAUCUACUAUAUAGGUGCAUUUUGUAUGUAUACAGUUACAGACUACUGCUAUGCAUGAAGAGGAACCACUGCUGACCCUGUAAUAUUUGGGUGGAGAUGGCCGAACGAACAAGAGCUGCAAGGAUCUGCACAAUGUUCCUGUUCUUUGGAUAAAUGUCUUUGGUUUUCGUGAGGGAUCUACAGACUGAACAGACUGUUGAGUUAUUGUUUUCCCGGAUCCAUUCUGGACAAGGCUGAGAAACACCUGCCUGCACUCGGUGACCUCUUCAUAAUGCCUCCUAACUCAGAUACAGAGGAGGGACAGACAAAACACUUGCAGGUUAUUUUCAGUCUCUUUAGAGAAAAUGAUCAGAAUAUUGAAGUUCGCUCAAACCUAAUUAUGUGUAUUUGUAUGCCUCCACGGUAGAUUUAGGUUUGAUUUAUUCAUUCGGCAGACGCUUUUAUCCGAAAUGUGGCAUAAUAAAACGAAUCUAGCGUUUAGUUUUUCUUUUUGUACUUUUGGAGCUUGUUAUUGUAGCCUAAUAUUUGUAAUGCAUUUCAUAAACACCCCAUAAUUUAGCCUGAUUCUGCAGGUUGCUACUACACGAGUAUCACCAUAGUAACAGCAGAACAGGUCAACAAAUCUGUCAUGGAGGGCGUGUGCGCGCGAAAGCUCCCAGCCGGAGACUUGUUUCAUGCCGCAGUGUCUGGAGAUCCUGAGUGGCUGGGUUUGAGUCUGGAGAGAGUGCAGUCACCAGGUCAGCAGCACAAUAAACAGGGUCUUACAGUGCUCCACGUGGCUGCUCAACAUGGUCAGCUAAAUUGCUUGAAGCUGCUUCUGGAAUCUUGUAUUGUGGAUGUGAACGCAAGCUGUCUGCGUGGCUGGAGACCGUUACACAUGGCGCUGAGCCCAGAGAGCAAGCCAAACUCUUACUGCUGCCUCACAUAUCUGCUGGAACAUGGAGCAGAGCCCAAUGUUUCCACAGAUGAAGGACUGACCCCACUGCACAUGGCCGCAGCUGAAGGCCUGAGAGAGUGUGUUGAAACGUUGGUUAGGGUUGGAGCAGACACUCACGCACGUGAUAGCCGAGGACACACACCCCUCGAACUCGCUUGCCUGUGGGGUCACAGGGUUGUUGCCAGGAUUCUUAAAAACGCGAUGUGGCAUAGAGAUAAGAAGAGAGACAUGCAGAAACGCCAAGAACUGCAGAAUCUCAAACAGAACAUGAUCAGGAUGCACAGGAAAGCAGAGGGAAUGCAGAAGUUAGCCAGAGAGGCCAUUAACAAGCAGAAGGUAUCCGAGUGGGCUGAAAGCAAGGGUCUUCCCUGUCUCAGGUCUCCGACAACGGGCUUGUGGACAUUAAAGCAUCACUGCUGCCAUUCUGCCAAGCCUGUCACAAAACACCAUGCAGCUGAAUCAAGAGAAAUGUGGAACAUCUCACCCAACCCAUCAAGACCUCCUCCAGCAAACAUCAGCAGAUCUAGCACAGUGAGAAUCGGUGUCCAUCCAGAGGAAGCAGUAGACGAGCCUGAUCUGCACCAGAGUGUGACUCUGCAUAGUUCUGGAAAUGGGCACGUCCAUUGCACUGCGUCAUGGGAUGAUAUUCCACAGCCGAUGCCUGACCUGCCACUGGAUGUCAUUCAGAAAGGUUUGUUUCCAUCUGAAUUCCCCUCGCGAAUUUCUGGUCCACUUCAGCUCCAGUGCAGCAGCGUGCUGGAUUUGCCUCAUCGAGGAGGUAUUCAUGGAACUGAAGCUUCUCCCUGGACCGAAGUGGCAAUGCAUCUGGCUGAGGAGCUCCAGCCUGGCCGUUACUGAAUGCUAGAAUCACUGGAUUGACUGAACAGGGCUGGAGUGGUCAAUCCAGAUACAGGCAAAACUAUACAACAUGACAACAUGCUACCUACUCAGUCCUUUUAAGAUAUUCUGUGAAAAUACAUGACAUGGACAAAAAAUAAAAAAUAAAAGCUUAUUGUCAAGAAAAAAUAUAUUUGUUG